UAUAUCAUCUCGUCAACACUCCUUUAUAGCUCUCUCCGCCUCAUAUCUUUGCUUCUUCUCUCGAUUUGCUCUCUCGGAAGAUUUUCCCAACGCCUGAUCCGAUUUCAAAACCCCGGAGUUGGUAUAUUUUCCGUCUGAGCAAUGGCUUUGGUCUUGCACACGUACAAGGGAAACAAAAGUGCUGAUAAGGCACUCAUUGCAGCAGAGUACGUUGGUGUACAGAUCGAUGUGCCCUCUGACUUUGAGAUGGGUGUCACUAACAAAACCCCCGAGUUCCUUAAAAUGAACCCUAUUGGAAAGGUUCCUGUUCUUGAGACUCCGGAGGGAUCAGUAUUUGAGAGCAACGCCAUUGCCCGUUAUGUAAGCCGAUUGAAUGGUGAGAAGAACUCUUUAAACGGUUCUUCCCUGAUUGAAUAUGCACAAAUUGAGCAAUGGAGCGAUUUCUCAUCAUUGGAAAUCUAUGGAAACAUCUUGAGAUGGUUUGGCCCAAGAAUGGGGUUUAUGCCAUACAAUGCUUCGGCUGAGGAAGGGACUAUCUCUGCGUUGAAGAGAGCACUUGAUGCUCUUAACACACAUCUCGCCUCCAACACUUACCUCGUUGGACACUCUAUUACCCUUGCUGAUAUUAUUACUGUCUGCAACUUGAACUUGGGAUUUGCUACUGUCAUGACCAAGAAAUUUACCUCUGAAUUCCCACACGUUGAGAGAUACUUCUGGACCGUGAUUAACCAACCCAACUUCAAGAAAGUGGUGGGUGAUGUCAAACAGACUGAAGCUGUCCCUCCUGUUGCUUCCAAGAAAGCUGCCCAGCCGGCCAAACCCAAGGAAGAGCCUAAGAAAAAGGAAGCCCCCCCAGCAGAGGCCCCUAAGCUUGCUGAAGAGGAAGAGGCACCAAAGCCUAAAGCCAAGAACCCUCUUGACCUUCUACCACCAAGCCCAAUGGUACUGGAUGAUUGGAAGAGGCUGUACUCAAACACCAAAUCUAACUUCCGUGAGGUUGCUAUUAAAGGAUUCUGGGACAUGUAUGACCCAGAGGGAUACUCGCUAUGGUUCUGUGACUACAAGUACAACGAUGAGAACAUGGUGUCAUUCGUCACGCUCAACAAGGUAGGUGGGUUCCUUCAGCGCAUGGACUUGGCACGUAAAUACGCCUUUGGAAAGAUGCUGAUUUGCGGGUCAGAGGGUCCAUUCAAGGUGAAGGGUUUAUGGAUAUUCCGUGGACCAGAGAUCCCUAAGUUCAUAAUGGAUGAGGUGUACGACAUGGAGCUGUACGAGUGGACUAAGGUUGAUAUCUCAGAUGAAGCACAGAAGGAGCGUGUUAGCCAGAUGAUUGAAGAUGCAGAGCCAUUUGAAGGUGAGGCUCUCUUGGACGCCAAGUGCUUCAAGUGAAAAGAGAGAAUGGUUGGGUUUUGCAGUCGAGGCUUACAUAUAUCUCUCUUAUCUUCUCCUUAGGGAUUUUGCUCUGUGACUUGCGUCGCUUAUACUGUUUUUCUCUCUUUCUAAUUGAGUGUUAUAGACAAGCUAUGAUCUUUUUGGUUCUUUUGUUAAUGUUUCAUGUGUUUUUUUUUCUUGCUGUGCCAUAAAGACCAGCUUUAAAAAAUGUAGACCUGGUAAUUUCGAAGUUCUGUUCCGCGUA